UGUGUUGCAUUUAUAUGUUGCGUAGACACUCAGCAUGCCAGGGUUAAAGCGACAGGGACUUGCAGCCCGGUUGGUGAUGAUAUAAGUUGGCGGGGGGAGAGCAGGGCACGUAAGAGAGGAGCUAGUCCAAGUCGAACCGAAUUGAAGGUACAUACAGUACGUUGUGUCGAGGAAUCAAUUGCUAGGAUGCAGGGAGAGGUGGCGGGUGGUGGCGGCGAGCCGCCGAUGCAGAUGGUGCUGCGGGUGAAGCACCCGUCGUCGCUGUCGUCCGGCGGCGGCAGCGAAGAAGCAGCGGCGGAAGGCGAGGGGUCGUCGAGGUCGGCUCUGUCGGUGUUCAAGGCCAAGGAGGAGCAGAUCGAGAGGAAGAAGAUGGAGGUCAGGGAGAAGGUGUUCGCGCAGCUCGGACGCGUCGAGGAGGAGUCCAAGCGCCUUGCCUUCAUACGACAGGAGCUAGAAGGGAUGGCGGAUCCUACCAGGAAAGAGGUGGAGUCGAUACAGAGGCGGAUCGACACGGUGAACCGUCAGCUAAAGCCUCUCAGCAAGAAUUGCGUCAAGAAGGAGAAAGAAUACAAAGAGAUUCUGGAGGCCUACAACGAGAAGAGCAAGGAGAAGGCGCUGCUUGUCAACAGGCUGAUCGAGCUGGUGAGCGAAAGCGAGAGGAUGAGGAUGAAGAAGCUUGAGGAGCUCAACAAGACAGUCGACUCGCUCUAUUAGGCACCGGCCGGUUAAUGUUAAUUCCUCCGUGUAUUCUCCAUCCCAUGGACCGAUUUGUGGCAUGUUCAUGUACUUAUGUGACCUGUGUCAGCUUGUAGCUGACGAUCUCGUGAGCGAUUUUUCUUAAGUUUCUGUUUCUUUUUCGUUUGAUUAACUGGUUUCCGUCUUGUUGUACUGUCGAUGUCGAGUAAAACUGACGUAUUUAAACGAAAGGGACCAAGGAACAAGACUGACAGAAAAAAAAACAUUCGCCAGGGCGGCGUGUCAACAAUUGGGGUUGUAUUUGUUCAGUGAUGUUUGUUGUCGUUUGCUAUUGAGCCUCUGAACCAGUUCCAUGCAAUGUGAGCAUUUUCAUGCCAA